AUGGCAGUCUCCACAGGAGUUAAAGUUCCUUGUAAUUUUUGUUUGUUGGAAGAACUUGAAGAAGGACAAAAAGGAGUAGUUGAUGGUACAGUUAGCUGGGGCCUUGAAGGUGAUGAAGAUAUGACACUUACAAGGUGGACAGACAUGAUUGGGCCACUACGGACAAAUUAUGAAAACACAAUAUAUAGCCUGAAAGUAGAAUGUGGACCUAAAUACCCAGAAGCUCCUCCAUCAGUUAGAUUUGUAACGAAAAUUAAUAUGAGUGGAAUAAAUAAUUUCAGUGGAAUUGCAGAUGGACAGAGCAUACCAGUAUUAGCAAAAUGGCAAAAUUCAUAUAGCAUUAAAGUUGUACUUCAAGAACUAAGACAUCUAAUGAUGUCCAAAGAAAAUAUGAAGCUUCCAUAG